UCAAGAACCAAACAUUAGAAGUAAUUUGGAGAGAUGGGUACCUGCAUUCACCUGCAUUUUGCAUCGCUUUCCUUGUUUAUCUUCCUCAAUCUAGGUUCAAGUAUUGCAGAAACUCCGUUUUUACGAGCAAACCAAGAAAAUUCUGUACUGCAAAAUCAAGAAGAUCAAAUACCAUUUUUUUCAACUCCGCUCUCUAGCACUCAACUGGACACAAUUCCCAUAGUGAAUCCAACCAUCCCGGGCGGCACAACUCCAACAACAACUCCAAUUACAAACCCGACAUCUCCGCCAGCACAACCAAUCUCGACAGGACCAACCAUAACCCCGACAACCCCAGUAACCACCACAGGCGGUGGAAGUUGGUGUAUAGCAAGCCCAGCUGCUUCCCCAACCGCUUUGCAGGUAGCUCUUGACUAUGCUUGUGGCUAUGGAGGUGCGGACUGCUCAGCAAUUCAAACGGGAGGAAGUUGCUUUGAGCCCAACACCAUGCGAGACCAUGCUUCUUAUGCCUUCAACGACUACUACCAGAAGAAUCCAGCUCCCACGAGCUGUGUGUUUGGAGGAACGGCGCAGAUCACCAACACUGACCCCAGCACUGGAAGUUGUCGCUAUGCAGCACCAAGAUCAACGCCAAGUACAACCACACCAAUCAUCAAUCCACCGACGAAUCCAACACCGAUGCCGCCAGCAAACCCGACCAUAACCACACCAACACCGACCGACACAAUGCCUACCGAUACCCCGCCGAUGGAUACCACGCCGACCGACGCCGGUGGUUAUGGGUCAGAACCAUCAGACACAGCGAGCUCGGCGAUUCCCGUCUCGAAUUGCUUCUCAUUCGUCUUCUUGGGGUUACUUCUUCUGGCAAAUUGGAUGUAAGAGGAAGCAGAAAGCGACUCAGAAUCUAAUCCAUUACAAUCCGCAGAGGGAGAAGGAAUUUAGAUUAUUGUGCCAUGUAACGCCUAUAUAAAGGAGGAGUCCACGGGGAGAGGGAAAUCGGGGGGAGGAGGAGGAAAUUAUCCUAGGGUUUCUGCUGUAGUAGAGAUAGAAUAAAUUCUGUAGCUUAUAUCUACGUUUAGGACUGUAUCCCCUCGGCAGCUCUGUGUUCUCCAAUUUAGUUCGUCCACUUUAUUCAGUUCAUAUUCUUUAAAAAUAUAUAUAUAUUUGAAAAAAAUAUAUGAAUAA